AUAACGAAUGUGACAACGACGCGGUCAGCUGUCCCUCCGCCACAUUUUACCGGAACCGGGUUUAUACAUAAACUAUUUAAAUCGACCGUCGAGGGUGACAUCUACCACCGCGGCACGGAGGCUCUCGCUUCGUCGGUAACGACACUCCCGUCGUUACCGAUCGUGUCACCGCCAGCUGCGCCUGCGCUCUCUGUCGUUUCCGCUGUCUUCGAUCGCGCACGGGCCGCACGGCUCUUUCUCGCGUGGUUUCUUUUCCGGUUUGUCAAAAUGGGUAUCGACAUUAAUCAUAAGCAUGAUCGGAAAGUGCGGCGAACGGAGCCCAAGUCGCAGGAUGUGUAUUUACGACUCCUCGUCAAGCUGUAUCGGUUCUUGGCGAGACGAACAAAUUCAAAGUUCAACAAAAUUAUCCUGAAACGACUGUUUAUGAGUAAAAUUCACCGACCGCCAAUUUCACUGGCACGAAUCGUGAGGUUUAUGAAGAAACCUGGCAGGGAGAAUUGCGUCGCCGUGAUCGUCGGUACCGUCACUGAUGACGCCAGGAUCUUCGAAGUCCCCAAGUUGACGGUGUGCGCUUUACGCGUGACUGAGAAGGCUCGGGCGCGCAUCUUGAAAGCCGGCGGCGAGAUCAUCACGUUCGAUCAACUGGCGUUACGCGCCCCGACUGGAAAGCGCACGGUCUUGAUGCAGGGACCGCGUAACGCUCGCGAGAGCGUCAAGCACUUCGGCCUGGCGCCUGGCGUGCCGCAUUCUCACACGAAACCUUACGUGAGAUCUAAGGGCCGAAAGUUCGAACGGGCGAGAGGCCGUAGACGCAGCUGCGGUUACAAGAAAUAAGAUGUAACACGCGUUUCGACGGACGUUCCGUCUGUCGUAGUCUUUUUUUUUCACGCGGUCAAGUGGCUGAAAAAUAAACAUUGGCUUCACAACAAUCUCCCGUUCUCUUUUUUGUCGCGCUAUACAUAUCCAGAUUUCAUUCUUUCGAAUUUAUUAGAAACUCUCAUGUAUCUCGUAAUCUACAUAGUCUAUUAAGUUUAUAAAUUAACAUUGAUAAUUCAUAAUUUUAAUGUCUGCAAGCAUAUAGUAAAUGUGUCAAACAUUAAAUAUAAAAUGAAAUAAAAGAUUAUGUAACAUUAAA